AUGAUUCACGGACUGUGUGGUGCUGCAAAACCAAAUUAUCCGUGUAUGGUCGAUGGUAAUUGUUCGAAGAAAUUUCCUAAGAAGUUCUAUGACAAGACUUCUCUAGAUUCUAAUGGUCAUCCGGUCUAUAGACGAGCCGAUUCAGGUUUUUUUGUUGAGAAAUCUGGUAUUCAGCUUGAUAACAGAAGUGUGGUUCCGUAUAGCAAAACCCUAUUGAGACGUUAUCAGGCACACAUUAACGUCGAAUGGUGUAAGCAGGCUACGUCCAUUAAGUAUUUGUUUAACUACAUUAACAAAGGACCAGAUAGGGCAGAAUUUGGUUUUGUACAAAAUGCCGAUGAAGGUCAGCUUGAAGACGGAAAAGAUGAAAUCAAAGAGCUUCCGUUUCAUCUACCAGAUAAACGAAACGUUGUAUACGGCCCUGAUGACGAACUUGAUAGUGUUCUCCAAAAAUCAUAUGUUUCUUCUACGAUGUUUUUGGGGUGGAUGGAAAAGAACGAAAAAGAUCCGUUGGCGCGCACCCUUACUUACGUUGAGUUCCCAACUAAAUUUGUUUGGAAGAAGGACGAAAGGAUAUGGGAUAAACGCAUAAUAGGCAAAACCAUUGGUCGUAUUCAUUGUGUGAAUCCUUCUAUGGGCGACACAUACUUUUUAAGAAUCCUUCUUAAUAAGGUAGUAGGUCCUAAGUCUUUUGAAGACAUUCAUACUGUGAAUGGACAAGUCUUCCCAACAUUUAGAGAUGCGUGCUAUGCUAGAGGUCUUUUAGAUGACGAAAAGGAGUAUAUUGAAGCUAUCAAAGAGGCGUACUACACAGGUUCAGGUUACUAUCUUCGUAAUCUGUUUGCUACAAUGUUGGCGUCUAAUACAUUAUCAAAGCCUGAACAUGUUUGGGAAAACACAUGGGAGUACCUUGCGGAUGGUUUGUCUCUUCCAGAAGAACAAAUAAGGAACCUAACGUUGCUGGAAAUUGAGUGUUACUUAUUACGUAACAACUCAAGUUUAAGUCGGUUUUCGUCUAUGCCUCAACCCGACAGUGAAUCAAUAUAUUCAGCAGACAACCGUUUAAUUGCUGACGAGCUUAAGUACGAUGUAAGCGCUACUGCCAUUGAAUUUGAUAAUAAUUUAAGCAGCCUAACCGAUGAGCAGCGUUUAGCGUUUGAUGAGAUAAUUGAUGCAGUUAAUAAUAAUUCAAGUGGAAUCGCAUCUCUUUUGUUACCUGGUGGACGUACUGCACAUUCAAGGUUUCAUAUACCUUUAAAUUUAACAGAAACCUCGAUGUGUUUUAUUAAACCGGAUGAUGACGUUGCUGAUUUAUUGAAGAAAACGAAAUUGAUCAUUUGGGAUGAAGCACCGAUGAAUCAUAAACAUGCGUUUGAAGCACUUGACGGAACAAUGAAAGAUAUCUUCAAAUGUGAGAUGACCUUUGGUGGAAAAGUUAUGGUGUUCGGUGGCGACUUUAGACAAAUACUUACGGUUGUACCAAAUGGCAGUAGGCGAGAUAUCGUUAAUGUUUCAAUCACGUCGUCGUAUAUUUGGAGUACUUGCAAGGUCCUUACGUUAACCAAAAACAUGAGAUUAACUGUAGGAGCCAACGCAUCUGAUAUAGAGGAGAUUAAAGCUUUUGCGGAUUGGUUGCUUUACUUGGGCGAGGGAAAGAUUGGUGACAGUGAUGAUUGUGAGGUGGUUAUAGAUAUUCCUGAAGAUUUGUUAAUCAAGUGCUCUGAGGAUCCUAUGUCAAAUCUGAUCGACUUUGUAUAUCCUUCACUUCUUCAACUGUACAAAGAUAAAGAUUAUUUUGCUGAAAGAGCUAUAUUAGCACCAACAAACGAGGUUGUUCAAGAAAUUAAUGAAAAAUUGCUUGCUUCGUUUCCUGGCGAUGAAGUGGAGUAUCUGAGUUAUGAUAGUAUUUGUCAAACUGAUCAAGGAAAGAAUGAAGCAAAUGCGAGACUAUAUUCUCCCGAUGUUCUAAAUGGUCUAAAAAUUUAUGGUCUGCAUAAUCAUCGAUUAGUCCUUAAAGUUGGUGUACCUGUAAUGUUGCUUCGUAAUAUCGAUCAACAAAAUGGUUUAUGCAACGGUACGAGAUUACGGAUUACUAAACUUUAUAAACAGGUUAUAGAGGCGAAGAUUAUAUCCGGAGGAAACAUAGGGACCAGAACGUUUAUUCCACGAAUCAGUUUGACACCGUCGGAUAAAAGAAUUCCUAUCAAGUUUCAACGACGACAAUUCCCCUUAAAUGUAUGUUUUUCAAUGACUAUAAAUAAAAGUCAAGGACAAUCUCUAUCAACGGGUGGAUUGUAUUUGAAAUAUCCAGUUUUCUCACAUGGUCAGCUUUAUGUUGCGUUAUCAAGAGUUAAAAAAACAGAGGUGGUGUGA